AUGCAGCGGGUUCUGCAGAGGAGGAGAGUGCGCAAACUGCGGCUCGUCUGGGCCGCGCUGUCUCUGGCCGCGUGCAGCGCGCUGUUCACGGCGUGGACCUGGAGACAGACGCGGGACCUGUCCCAGUCCUUCCAGGUCCUGCAGGACCGACUCGAGCAGGUCAACUCGCAGAGGAAGGCCAUUGUUCAGCUCAUUCUGGAGAAGCGGGAGCUGCUGCUCGAGCGAGUGAAGAGAGACGGGGGGACGGCACGAGGGAGAAAUGGAAAUGGAAGGAAAGCGGCGUCUCAUUUUGAAAUAACCAAACUGUCCUCUCAGCAAGUGGGAGAAGGUGGUGUGAUAAAAGGCUGGGAAGAGAGGACGUUGAAUAUGAGUAAAGCGGUGAAGUACAACAAGGAGCAAGGCACCUUCACUGUGGAGAGAACAGGGGUGUACUUUCUGUUCUGCCAGGUGUUGUUCAACGAGCAGCAGUCGCAGUACGUGAAGCUGGACGUGGUGACCAACGGCCUGAGGCCCCAGAAGCUGCAGUGCAUGGAGGGCUACGGGACCACCCCCUCCGCAGGGCCGCACGCCUUCCACUUCGUGAAGCCCUGCCAGGUCUCGGGCCUCCUGCGGCUGGAGAAAAACACGGAGCUGCAGGCCGUCACGGGCCCGUCCUUCAGCCUCCACCCUGUAGCCAAUCACGUCUUCAGCAUCUUUAAAGUCAACUGAAGUAGAGCUCGUUUGAUCUUCGUUGGAAACUAUCAGAAGUACAUCAGAGUAUUUUUA